GUCAUAACGGUGCGACAGGCUGCGUCGCGCCAUAAUAACAAUAACAAGGUAAUAAGCAGGCCAGAGAAGUGAAGUAAAAAAAAAAAAAAAAAACGCCAACAAUGGAGGAUGUCCACCAUGUGGUAUUAUUUCUUUUAGCCAUGUGGCUUCAUAUUACCAGAAGAAGACAAGCUUUGUUCGAGAGUCAACUGCAGGCCGCGAGGAUGAACACUGCGGUGAAAAUGAGGAGACUUUUGGAAUUGAUGGAGGAAGAAACAUUUACAAGGAAAAGAACGCGGCGGAAAAGGAUGCUGUCGAUGCUGCUAAAGAGCCGCCGCAGACCGAGCAUCUGGGCUGUCCGUCGCUCCAACGAGUGGUGGGACCAGGUGGUGCCGGGCUUUACGCGCACGGAGUGGGUGCAACACUUCAGGAUGUCGGAAGAGACCUUCCUCCACAUCUGUGCCGAGCUGCAUCCCGCCAUGCAGAAGCGGGACACCAACUUCCGUGUGUGCGUCCCCGUGAAGAAGAGAGUGGCCAUCGCUCUGUGGAAGCUGGCCACAAACAGCGAGUUCAAGAGCAUCAGCCAUCUUUUUGGCGUCAGCAAGACGACGGUAUGCCGCUGCGUGCGGGAAUUCUGCUCGGCCGCGUGCGCGCUGUUGCUACCGGAGCAGAUCCGCUUCCCCAACGCGGACGAGCUCCGAGAAAUGGCGGCCGGCGUGAAACAGAGUUGGGGGCUUCCGCAGUGCAUCGGCGCCAUCGACGCCGCCCACAUUCCAAUCAUAGCUCCUACGGAGAGGCACGGCGACUACGUCAACGAGGCAGGCUGGCAUUCCAUCAUCCUCCAAGGCGUCGUGGACGGACGAGGGCGGUUUUGGAGUGCUUGCGUCGGCACGGCGGGGAGUUUGGACGAGGAGGAAGCACUGAGGAUGUCGUCCUUGUGGCAGGUGGCCGAGCAAGGGACCUUUUCCCCGCCAUGCGCCAGGAACGUCGCCGGCGUGUCCGCGGGCUACUACAUCCUGGGAGACGGCGCCUACCCGUCAAAGAGUUGGCUCCUGAAGCCGUUCCCCGACGACGAUGGGCAGCUGACGGCGGCGCAGCAGACGUACAACGAGAAGGUGUGCAAGGCGCAAACGAUGGCUACCGGCGCCUUCUCCCGACUGCGAGGCAGGUGGCGUUGCCUGACCAAGCGCAACGACAGCGACAUCGAAGUGGUGAAGUCCAUGGUCUUGACUUGCUGCGCGCUGCACAACCUGUGCGAGCGCCGCGAGGAGGAGUACUGCCAGGAAUGGGAUGCUCACGUGGCCCGCGCCCGCUCCUGCGCGAACGGCGGCAAGCGACGACGAGGAAGAAGGCGAGAACGUACGUGUUGCUCUGAUGCGCUUUUUUAGCAACGCGUCACUUUAAAAACAACAAACAUUGUUGGAUUACGUCAGUGGUUUUAACCAUAGGGCCGGGGUCCAAAUCUAUGUUUCUGCAUUAUUAUUUAGUUAGAAUUGAUUUAAUUUAGCAUUGCUUAAUUGUAUGUGAAUGUAUUAGUCAUCAGUUUUUAUUGUUCUUUUCUUUUAAAGUAUAUUUAAUUAGUAUUAAAUCUUCUAAUUAACCUGACUUAAGCUUUGAUGAUAAUCUUUGUGAUGAACACAUUCUUAAAAAUAAUUUGACAAGGUUUAUCCUGUCAAACUGUAAGUAGGUUAGAUAUACUUAUUGAAGGUUAAGAACCCGGGGAUUACGUAACCUCCUGAGAGCCAGUUUAUAGUAAUUUUGUCAGCAAAACAACGCACAAAAUGUCCGACAGAUUACUGACUCAACAUCAACGCGGGCUUGGGGUUGUUUUUGUUUUCAAAAAUAAGAUAAUGUGCUUUUGUCUUCUAGUGCCCUUUUUUGCCACGGGAACGUAUUUUUUGGAACUAAAACAUUUAAUGCUGUG